AUUGUUCAAGCUGGAAUUAUGCAGUCUGGAUGGGGAUGGAUGUGGAUGCUCAAGAAACUUCUCCGGUUUCUGCUAUGGCAAACAGCACCUGUAUUCUACACUACCACAGGAUGCCCGAAAAUUUGCAAAGAGGAGGGCUUUUGUUUUGGAAAAUGUGGCUUAAUUUUCAGAGGAUCCUGUUCCAACGUAAAGCAUAUGGGAUUGGCACCGUCAUUUCUGACGAUUACAUUUUUCUAAUCAUUUCCAUGGACUCUAUGAAUUGAAAAUUGGAAGAAGGACAAGAUCAUAGAGGACAUGCAGUAAAUUUAUUAAUUGCUUCAACGGAACAUUUAAGUUAGAGUUUGAGUCCAAAUGUCUAAAACCUCCAAAACAGCAACAGACAAUUUAAGGAAAUGUCUAAGCAACAAGUCCCUAUAAACUCCAGAAACCUGGCAGAAUGAUGUACUAAAUAAGAGAUGAACAAGCCGUUGAAAUGUCUUUUGUUUCAGCCCUCUUUAAAGUUAUCUUGUAGACUGGGUAUGUGAUUAGUCACAAAACCACCUAUUAAACACCCCUUUGAUCACCACAUUAGCCAUCUCAUCUCUCUCUCUCUCUCUCUCUCUCUCUCUCUCUCUCUCUCUCUCAAGGGGUUUAGUAGAAUCAAUCAUAUAUGUUUAACUCAGGCUUACUUGGUUGCUGUCUGAAAGUCUAACUUUUCAAGUAGAAAACAUGAAGAACUAUCUAUACAUUUUAUUCUUGGGACUCUCCCUCCAGUUUGGACCUUUAACUACUGCUUCGACUUCUUUUACGGGAGAUGGACCCUUGUAUGAUUAUUCUGCUUACACUGAGUGCAAAUCAGCACCAGAGGAUCCACUCUACGAUGGUGGUAUCAUCAAGAAUCAGUCUCUCGGAGUCUAUAAUAGGCCUCAUCCCCCCAGAUUUCCUGUUAAUUCCCCUGCUUUCGUUUUAAACAAUCUCACUGGCAACACAAUCUACUGUUUUUCCAGUUGGGUUAAGAUAACAGCUGGUGCAGCUUCAGCUGUGAUAAAGGCGAGCUUGACAACUGAUAAUGUCACUUUCAAUUGCAUGGGAACUGUUAUAGCCAAGAGAGGAUGCUGGUCGUUUCUAAAAGGUGGAUUUGUUCUCAACUCGCCUUCAGCCUAUGCUCUUAUCUAUUUCCAGAAUUCAGAUGGGCAACCAAUAACUAUCUCUGUUUCCAGUGCUUCUCUGCAGCCAUUCACUGAUCAGCAAUGGAAAAUAAACCAGCAAAACAUGCUAAACACUGAAAGAAAACGCACCACCACGUUACACAUAUCAGAUAUUGAUGGAAACAGGUUACAAGGAGCUACAGUUGUGGUGGAGCAAGUUUCUCGAGAUUUUCCGUUGGGAUCUUCCAUAGCAAGUACCAUCUUAGGAAAUUUACCUUACCAGAAUUGGUUCGUGGAGCGAUUUAAUGCUGCAGUAUUUGAAGAUGAAUUGAAAUGGUACUCAACAGAACCUCAACCUGGAGAAGUUAACUAUACAAUCCCAGAUCAAAUGUUAGAAUUUGCUAGGCGUAACCAGAUUAUAGUCAGGGGACAUAACAUAUUCUGGGAGGACCCUGAUUUUACGCCUUCGUGGGUCCGUAAUCUAACAAGCUCAGAGCUGAAAUCUGCUGUCAGUUCCAGGAUACAAAGCCUGAUGAGUCAAUACAGAAACGAAUUCAUACACUGGGAUGUCGAUAAUGAAAUGCUCCACUGGGAUUUCUACGAGCAACGGCUUGGUCCCAAUGCCAGUUUAGAAUUUUUCCAAACAGCCCAGAAAUCAGAUCCUUUGGCCAGGCUGUUCAUGAAUGAAUACAAUGUGUUGGAGACUUGUGAUGAUAUGAACUCCACGGUGGAUCACUAUGUUUCAAGAUUGCAAGAACUUGGAGAAGGCGGCGUCUCAAUGGAUGGAAUUGGACUUGAGGGACACUUUACAGUACCAAAUCCUCCUCUAAUCAGAGCUAUUCUUGAUAAAUUAGCUACGUUAAAGCUUCCCAUUUGGCUCACAGAGGUGGAUAUCAGCAACAGUCUUGAUCAAGAAACACAGGCCAAAUAUCUAGAAGUAGUGCUGAGAGAAGGUUUUUCACACCCCUCCAUCAAGGGGAUCAUGCUUUGGACAGCAUUACACCCCUCUGGAUGCUACAGAAUGUGCCUAACAGAUAACAAACUCCACAAUCUCCCAGCCGGUGAUGUGGUGGACUCACUGCUGAAAGAAUGGGAAACUGGGGUGGUGAAGGGCGAAACAGAUGACCAUGGUGCAUUUGACUUUUCUGGUUUCUUAGGUGAAUACAGGGUGACAGUCAACUACGGCAACAGAACAACCAAUUCAACCUUCUCUUUGUGUCAAGACGAUGAAACCAAACAUUGGAACAUUCAUUUGUAGAUUUUCUCGUAUCUGUUGCACAUACGAAAAAAGAAAAACUGAUGAACAACCUCUUCUGAAAGUACACCAAAUGACAUGAUUGCAUGUCUUGAAUUAACAUUACAAUUAAUACGACUGUUUCGGUGAAAGUGGACUCGGGUUUGGUUUAAUUUAUUUUGUUAUUGUGAUGUUUCGAACAAUAUACAAAUAAAAAAUUGAAAGCAAAUUUUGGAAGGAAGGGGACCGCGCAAGUUUUGUUUCAAGAUCCAAACAGCAAUUACAUACAUGCAACAAUCAUGUUCUUAGUGACAUGGCAAAGGAGCAGUAUAUAAACAAGAUGUUGUAUGACGAUCUGCCAUAGCCGACAAGUAUAAAAGCAAUGCUUGCAAAUUACUGCAAACGGACCUUAUUCUC